AUGAUUUUGAUUUUCCUGGGCUACUUACUACUUCUACCUUCCGUCAUUUCUGCUUUCAACCCCAGUGAAGAUGAGGACCUUGUCACAUUUGUCACUCUACCCCAAAGCCGAGCCCUGAAAUGGAAUAUUACCUACCAUGAUCGCUCCGCCGUUGCUCCCGGAUAUUGGUUUGUCGCGCCAUAUUAUUUAAACAUGGGUGAACCGAGCACGAAUCGAUGGAUGCCUUGUCAAAUUGGCGCUCAUAUCUUUGAUCAGGAUGGGGAACUUGUUUGGACGGGGUCUUGCGACACCGAUAACAACAAUAUCUACGAUUUUCGCAUGGUCGACACAAUUGGAAAUCCACCGUCCCUGGUGAUGCUACUGCGAGAAGAGGAUACCCCAGGCAGGACACACUCGGUCCUCAUUUAUGACAACAACUACGAGCAAACCCACUACAUCACUGAAUUGCCACACAUAAACGGGCAUGAGAUCAACAUCAAAAGUCCAUCCCAAGCACUUGUGAUGAUCACCCGAGAGGACUCGUUGGAUACGUCUUCUGUCGGGGAGCCAGGAAAGGAAACGACGGUAUCGACAGGAGGAUUUGCCGAGUUUGAUAUCACAACUGGGAAAACCUCGCAGGAAUGGCAUUCAGAUGCCAUAUCGCUGGACGAAUCUUUCACUUAUCCCAACAGGGACUAUAUCCAUACCAACUCCGUCGACAGGAAUCAGCACGGCGACUACUUACUUUCUGGCCGCCACACCGACACAAUCUACCUGAUCUCUGGGGAAGACGGCCAUAUCAUCUGGCGACUAGGCGGAAAGAAGAACGACUUCGAAAAGGAUUUUGAAUUUGCAGGGCAACAUGACGCCAAGUUCAUCUCAGCCAACGAUACACAUCAGGUUCUGUCAUUUUUGAACAAUGGUGCUCGCGAUGAUGUCGUAGUGCAACCGGUUUCCUCUGCAAUGUUCGUCGAGCUGAACACCGUGGAUAUGACAGCCACCAUUCUGAACGAAUAUACCCGUCCUGAUGGCGGAAGCACCACCAAGCGGGGGAAUGUCCAGACUCUUCCUAACAACAACAUUUUGGUCUCUUGGAGUAAGGACGGAUAUAUGAGCGAGUUUAGCCAUGACGGAAAGCUCCUCAUGGAUGCCAGCUUUGCUUCAGACAGAUUCAGCACCUACAGAGCAUACAAGUUUCCCUGGUCGAGUCGCAGUCCAUCAUACCCACCGACUCUGGUAUCAUCCUGCUACGGUGUCAACGGAUCAGCUCUCUCAACAGUCUUUUACGUAAGCUGGAACGGGGCCACUGAGGUCAAAUCCUGGAAAUUCUACGCACGAGCAAGUCCAUCUGGUCCCGACAUAGAAAUUGGCACCACUUCCAAGAAUGGCUUCGAAACCUUUUACACUGCUCGCGGGUAUAUGGACAGGGUCUCGGUGAAGGCUCUAGACGCAGACAAUAAUAUUCUCGGAACCUCUGAGAUCGUUCGCACUGAUCCUCCGGAAUAUUGGCCCAAGGGAGCAGAAAUGCCAGAACCCGAUGAUCCGGCUGCUCUAGAUCUUGGCGUUGAUGAAAAUAUCGAGCAAGAUCAAGAGCAAGGUUAUCAGUUCGAAUUUUUUGCUAUUGGGCUUCUCGUCAGUACGGCUGGAUAUUUCUUUAUACACUUCUGUUAUCCAACCGUCCGUGAAUAUAUUCGACGGACAUAUUCAAGAGCGCCAGCAGAGGAUCCAGAAGGGAAGGAGCCAGAAGAGGAGGAGCUCAUGAGAGAAAGAACGGAUAUAUAG